CCCUUCCCCCCUUGCGGGUUCCACCCCCGGGUCUGAACUCCAGGGCUAGACUCCUCGACUCUUUCUAUAUCAUCCUCGCCUGCACCUGGACUUCCAUCCAGGCACGUACUCCGACGGGGCAAGAAUCAAAGUUCUCGAACUUUGGUCUGGCGAUCUGGGCAGAAAGAAACUCAGAAGCUACGUCUGCAUCAGAUAUCACCUUUGAUGUGAGUCAUGGUAGCACCUAUGAAGGGCCAAGUGUGUGUGGUAACUGGGGCCUCCAGGGGUAUUGGCCGUGGCAUUGCCUUACAGCUAUGCCAAGCAGGUGCUACAGUUUACAUCACCGGCCGCAAUCUGGACACUCUUAGAGCUGCUGCCCAGGAGGCACAGUCCCUUGGGGGCCGGUGUGUACCAGUGGUGUGUGAUUCGAGCCAGGAGAGUGAAGUGAAAAGCCUGUUUGAGCAGGUAGCUCGGGAGCAGAAAGGGCGGCUCGACGUCCUGGUCAACAAUGCCUAUGCUGGUGUCCAGGCGAUCCUGGACACCAGCAACAAGUCAUUCUGGGAAGUCCCCGCCUCCAUUUGGGAUGAUAUAAACAAUGUUGGACUCAGAGGCCACUACUUCUGCUCUGUGUAUGGGGCGAGGCUGAUGGUACCAGCUGGCAAAGGACUCAUUGUGAUUGUCUCCUCCCCUGGAGGGCUGCAGCAUAUGUUCAAUGUCCCAUAUGGUGUGGGCAAAGCAGCGUGUGACAGACUGGCUGCUGACUGUGCCCAUGAGCUACGGCGUCAUGGAGUCAGUUACGUAUCUCUGUGGCCAGGGCUGGUGCAAACAGAAACAGUGAAGGAGUUUAUGGCAAAGGAGGAGCAGCCUGAGGACUCUCUGUUUAAGAAGAUGAAACAAGAUUUCUCAUCUGCCGAAAGUACAGAAAUGAGUGGCAAGUGUGUGGUGGCCUUGGCAACAGACCCCAAUAUCCUGAGCUUGAGUGGGAAAGUGCUGCCGUCCUGUGACCUUGCCCGGCGCUAUGGCCUUAAGGAUGUCGAUGGCCGCCCUGUCCGAGACUAUUUUUCUUUGGGCUACGCCCUCUCACAAGUCUCCAGCCUGGGAUGGCUGAGCUCCUACUUGCCUGGCUUUCUCCGUGUGCCCAAGUGGAUGGUCACCCUCUACACCAGCAAAUUCUAACUCCUCACCUGCUAUCCCAGUCCCUCCACAACCUUGCUCAUUGAGGCUCAGGUGGGUGAGGCUGAACAAACCCGCUUUCCCACACACCCGUGUCCUCACCAUGAAGAGAAGGUGGCUAGUGGGCAUCUAGUGCAUUCUGGGGGCUCUGGUAGGUUCUUUGUGCCUUGGUUUUCCCUGUCCCUACAUCUUAAUAUUUUGCUUAAGUAUUUACAAGUGCUUAUAAAUAGAAGUUAAUAAAGGUCUCAUCUCCCCUUCAA